AUGGAACUAAUUAAGGGCCGCCAGGGUCUUCGGCAGGUACUUUGCCAUAGUCACGGGGUCGUUGCCCCCGCAACUGACACCCGGACCUCUCCGAGAGCUCCGCAAUCCUCCGUCGGUAGUGACAAGGGCUUCGAGAUCGGCUCCGACGCGGACUUCCUGUGCCAGUGCCUCUUAUUGUUCUCUGCUGGCGGUUUGCAAGCCCAGAGAGACGCGCUGGUGGCACAGGCGCUCAAGACAGUGCCGUUCGAUGUUACGAGCGAGGAAGCUGUCGUUGCUUAUGCGAGCAGUUGCGCCUUUGGCGCGAUAGGGCCCUUUGGGCCGGGCGGUCGCCGCUUGGGGCUUCGGGCGCAGCCGGAUCGGAGCGCUCAGCGAUGA